UAAUUAGAAAUUAAGAUGACGUGGCGGAUUCGAAGCCGUUCAUCUCAACGAUCUCAUCCAUUGCCGCCAUAUCCAAGCACUACCGAAACCAAGCUCCUUCCAGCACAGAGGGCGCGAGUCGAUACCUCUAGAAGAUAUCUUAGAAACCCGAAAAAGCCCCCAAAAGGAAUGGCAUUAUUACAAUUACACCACUUAAGUCUGCACUCUCUUCCUUUUACUCCCAAACUACACUAUUCCCGUUUCUCCACUCGGAAAUCCCUUCGCUUCUCCUUCUCCGCCUCUGCUUCAACCACGAUGGCUAAACAAGUUUUGGUGCCGGUUGCGAAUGGGACGGAACCAAUGGAAGCUGUGAUUACGAUCGAUGUCUUAAGGAGAUCGGGAGCUGAAGUCACGGUGGCUUCCGUCGAGAAAGAGCUUCGCGUUGAUGCUUGCCACGGUGUUAAGAUUGUUGCUGAUGCUCUCGUCGGUGAUUGUAAGGACACCGGUUUCGAUCUCAUCGCACUCCCUGGAGGCAUGCCUGGUGCUACCAACUUUAAAGAUUGUGCAGUUCUUGAAAGUGUUGUGAAGAAGCAAGCUGCAGACGGACGUCUUUAUGCUGCCGUGUGUGCUUCACCUGCAGUUGCGCUUGGUUCAUGGGGUCUGUUGAAGGGACUGAAAGCUACUUGUUAUCCUUCAUUUAUGGAGCAACUGUCAUCUUGUGCAACAGCUGUUGAAUCAAUAGUUCAGCAGGAUGGCAAAGUUGUGACAAGUCGUGGACCAGGCACGACCAUGGAGUUUUCUGUAGCACUGGUUGAGCAACUGUAUGACAAAGAGAAAGCUGAUGAAGUUUCUGGGCCAUUGCUGCUGCGUCCUAACCAUGGGGAUGAGUACAAAGUCAUUGAGCUAAAUCCUAUGGAAUGGAAAUGCAAUAAUAUUCCCCAGAUCCUUGUACCAAUUGCUGAUGGCUCAGAAGAAAUGGAGGCAGUUAUGAUAAUUGAUAUCCUGCGUCGAGCAAAGGCAAAUGUUGUGGUGGCCUCCGUUGGUGACAAUCUUGAAAUUCUGGCUUCUAGGAAAGUAAAAUUAGUGGCAGAUAUGCUUCUUGAUGAAGCUGCUAAACUUUCAUAUGACCUCAUAGUCUUGCCAGGAGGACUUGGUGGUGCCCAAGCAUUUGCCAACUCUGAUAAGCUGGUGAACAUGCUAAAGAAGCAGGCGGAAUCAAACAAACCCUAUGGAGCUAUUUGCGCAUCUCCAGCUUUGGUCUUGGAGCCCCAUGGCUUACUGAAGGGCAAAAAAGCCACAGCUUUCCCUGCAAUGUGCAACAAACUAUCAGAUCAGAGUUUCAUUGACAACCGAGUUGUGGUGGAUGGCAACCUCAUUACAAGCAGGGGUCCUGGAACUUCCAUGGAGUUUGCACUAGGAAUUGUCGACAAGUUUUUCGGACGCCCGAAAGCCUUAGAGCUAGCAAAGGUAAUGCUUUUUGUACACUAAUAGAUCAGCAAGUAUGAAUGCUUGUCCUCGGUUCUUGCUACCAUAGAACAUUCUAUGAGAUGAUACAUGGGAAUAUCAAAGGUGAGUUUGCAUUUGACUACAGAUUCACUUUGCGGUUUGUAUACCAUAGUUGGUUGAUAAAUAAAUGAGACUAGGAACAGUUGACCAAUAAGAACACCCGGGUUUAGCUAUGAUGCUUUCUUUUUAACUUAUUAUAUUUAGGUCCAAAUAUUUUCUCUUCUGCAAAUUUGAUGGGGAGAUGGCCUCUUUCCUAACAAAAGGAAUUGAAUAUAAGAUUGAAUCUUUACAAA